AUGGCGCUGGUUGCCCAAGAAAAGGCGCAGCUGAACGCUCUGCUGGAGGAGAUGCAGCAGGCGCUGAUCGACCAGGAGAGCCAGCUGGCCGCCCGCCAGCAGGAGAUCGAGAGCCGCGACAAGCAGGUCGCGCAGCUCACCGAACAGGUCAACGCGAUAACGGCCAGUGAGGAGGAUCGGCUCAGGGCGUGCGAUCGCGCCCAGCAUGCCAUCGAAGAGGGCGAGCGAGCGAGGAAAGAGGCGGAAGACCAGCUGCAGAGCGAGCGGAGCCGGUGGGUCGAGGAGCGGGCCAAGUUUGUGGAAGACGUGGACUCUCUCGUCGCCCAGAACGAGGAAGCGGUGAAGCGCGUGCUCGACGAGCUUGCUGUCAUCAAGGAGAGGGAGAAGAGCCGGCUGGCAGCCGAGGAGGAAGCGAUGGACGAAGAGAUUCAGGAGAUGGAGGCCAUCAUCGAGGACGGCCGGCAAGCGCUGGCCGCGGUCCAGCUACAACUGGACGCGCGCGACGGCGAAUGCGCGGAGCUGAGGGUAAAGAUCGACGAGCUUACGCGAGAGAAGGAAGCGGCGCUGCUGAGCGAGAGGGAGAGGCACCAGUCCAUCGAGCGUGAGCUCGACCAGGCCAUGGCUGAGAUCGCGCGCUUCGCCGACGAGCACAGCAAGAACGCCGAGGAUCUCGCGGCCCUCCAGGCCGAGUUCGCCGAACACAAGACGGUCCACGAGCGGAGAGAGAGCGAGUGGCAGCAGGAGAGGGCGGAGCUGGCCAAAUAUCAGGAACUGAGCGAGGAGAAGGAGAGAGAGUGGCACGUGCUCAACAAGCAGGUGCAGAGCGAGCGGGCGCACCUGGAGGAGAAGCAAAAGGCGCUCGAAGAGCUGCAGCAGCAGGUGCUGGCGGCCGAGAAUCGUCUAAUGGCCGAGGCCAAGGAGAAAGCCCAGCUGGCCGAGGAGCUCAGGGAGGCCAGCAAUCGCCUACGCGCCGCCGAGCAGAAGGUGGUUGAUGACGAGACCGACAGCAUGCGCAAGGCCGAGGAGAUCGAAGCCGUGCGCCGUAAGCUCGACCAGGCCGAGGAGGUCCUGCGUCUCGCCCGCGAGGAGAACGCGGCCCUCAAGGCCGGCGUCGAGGAAGCCGAGCAGCUGCGAAAGGAACUGCAGGCCGGCCACGAGGAGCUCCAGCAGACCAAGCAGGAGUAUCACGACCUUGAGGCCAAGCUGGCCGAAGAGAAGUCGGCAUGGGCGGAAGCCAUCGAGCGCGAGCGGAAGGAGCGCGAGGGCAUGCGCACGGUUAACGACGAAGACGAGCGCCGCUUCCACGUGCUCAACAAGCAGUUCGAAGCCGAGCGAGAGACCUGGUGCGCCGUCGAGGAGGAGGUAAAGAGGCUGCGCCAGGAGGUGCUCGACCAGGACAACAGGCUCAUGAUCGCCGAGAAGCGUGCCCAGGAGCUCGCCGAGUCGCUUCACGAGCGCGAGAGGACCUUGGCCGAGAUGCGAUCGAGCACCGAGAGCGACGGGGAUGAGGGCGCGCGCAAGCUGGAGGAGUGCAAGAAGAAGCUGGACGCGGUGGAGGGCGAGCUCAACACCAGCCGCUUCGAGGCCGACGGGCUGCGCCGGGAGCUGACCGAAGAGCGCGAGUCGUCGAAGCGCGAGCGGGCCAACCUCAGGCACGAGCUCGACCGCCUGCAGCAGGAGGCCGAUGAGCGCGAGGCGGCGCUCAAGCGCAGUGCACAGGCUGCCAUCGAAAAGGAGAACGAGGUGAUGGUGGCCGCCAGGCAGAGCGAGCAGCUUGCGACGAAGCUGAAGGAGGCCGAAGACGACAUGAAGCGCAUGCGCCGUGCCCUCGAGCAGGAGGGCUCAUCAGGCGACAGCGGCGCCUCGGCCGAGGCUCAACGCGAGCUCGAGGAUGCCAGGGCCAAGCUGGCACUGCUCGAAGAGGAGCUCAAGGCCAACGCCGGCAAGUGCGUCCAACUGGCCGACGAGCUGAGCGCCGAGCGUCACAACCGCGAGGUCAGCGACCAGAAGAUGGCGGCCGAUUUCGAGCUGCUGCAGGGGAUGGCCGAAGAGGCGAUCCGCGAGAACACCGAGAACAAGGGCAUCUCGCAGGCCCUCGCCGACAAGGAGAACCAGCUGCUGGCGGCCACCAGGGAGAGCGCAGAUCUGCGAGAGCAGGCGCGGGAGCUAGAGGAGACCGUGGAGCGGCUCACCAAGGCGCUCGACGAGGAGAAGACCGAGCAUGCCAGGACGCGCGAGGAUGCCAACGUCAAGGCAGCCCAGUACGCCGAGGAGCUGCAGGCCAAGACGGCCUGCUUCUCGGCCGACCUCCAAGCCGAGCGCGACCAGAACGAGGCCAAGCUCCAGCAGCUGACCGCUGAGUGCGAGCUGCUCCGUGAGCUGGCCGAGGAGAGCCUGCCCAGGGCGGGCGGAGACGACGCGCUGCGGGCCGCGCUCGAGGCCAAGCAGUCGGAGGUCGAGCGGCUGACUGCGGCCCUCGCCGCGAGCGAGGCCGAGGCCCAGCGUCUCGGCCAGCAGUUGGGCGAGAAGGAGGACCCGACGCAAUUCCAGGAGUUCGAGACGGCGAUAGAGGAGAUGACAGCGCUGAUGGGCCAGAGGGAGGAAGAGUACACCCAGCAGGUGAACAAGCUGCAGGCCCGGAUCGGCAAGCUGAAGGGCCGGGUCGGCGAGCUGACGAGCCAGCUCCAGCAGGUCGACGAGCUGAAGGUCCGACUCCAGCAGCGCGAUGAAGAGGAGACCGACCUGCGCACGCAACUCGAGCUCACCCGCGUGGAGCUGCACGACCUGCAGCGCGAGUACUCGCGGAUCAAGGAGGUCGAAGUAGCCAAGGAGGAGGAGCUCACGGCCGUGCGACGCGAGUUUGCCCAGCUCGAGACGCUGACGCGGGAGCGCGACGAUUGGCUCCGCGAACGGGGCGACUUGAUGCGCGAUGUUGUCGAGUUUCGCGAGUCGCUGGGCCAGGAGAGCAAGCGCGUGGCGGAGCUGCAAGAGGAGGCCGCCCGCGCCGAGUACAAGCUCGGCGAGGCCAUGCGGGAAAACGAAGCGCUGCAGCGGGGCAUCGACGAAACGACCAAGGCGAUGGAGGACAUCCAGGCGCUCAUGACCACCCAGACCGAGGAGCUCGAGGCCGCGCUCGCGGCUCAGGCGGCGGCCCGGCAAGACCAGGAGCGGCUCGGCGCCGAGCUGACACGGAUCAAGCUGGACGGCGAGGCCCGCGUGCGACAGCUCGAGCACGAUCUCGAAGACGUGGCCGGCGUCCGAAAGGAGCUGGAGGCUCAGCUGGCCGAGAAGACGCGGCUCUGCGCAUCGCUCCAGACCGAAGUCGAUGUACAUACGCCCUUCUCCCCAACCACUUAA